AAGAGAGAAAGAAAGAGAGAGAAAGAGAGAGAGAAAGAGAGAGUGGAUUAGUUAAAUGCACAAAAACACUGCAUCAAACCAAUGCACUGCUCCGAGCAGGAUGCGUCAGCAGUACAUUCACGUUUCCCACUCAAGGACAAAAGAGAAAGAAAGAGAGCAACAGAGUGAACAAGCGAAUGAAAGAGAGAGAGUGAGAGCAGCCUUGCACCACACUGGCACCAGAAAAACGUGCCGGAAUAACCUGAGCAGCAGGAUUAACACCGGGGCUGCAGGGUUAAAAUCGUGUUGCCGUGGGGACACGCUGCCGUUUUCUCCAGGUCACCUGGGAAGCGCUUUAUUCUCCUCUAAACCAGGGAGCCAGAGAGAGAAACAAGAGAGAGAGAAAGAGAGGACAGUGGAAGCUAACACGGUUGAAAGGCUUCGCGCUGGCACACACAAAGGACUGAGUGCUUUGAGCUUGGCCACUACCUCAGGACACUGCGGGGUCUGAGAAGAACAGGAGAGGGGGAGAGAGAGAAAGAGAUACACAUCCCCGCUCUCGCUCAUCUGCUGCUACAGCGGAUCUGUUUUCCUCAUCGAUGCUGCUAUAACAUUCACGCCUGUGCCCCGCUCGGCUCUCUUGCUUCACUCUCCUAUUCUGCCGCGCGGUGAAGAAAAAAAGGGAUUGAAAACAGGAGCGAGAAAGAGACAGAGGGAGAUGGCGCUUUAGCCUCUAUUUGCUGUGCUGAUAUUGCUGCUGAAUCUACUCUACGCCCCCCCUCCCUCUCUCAACUCUGUUACAAACCCCCACCCACCCUCGGAAGAAAUUGACGGAUUAUUGGGAAGUGCGCGGGAGGCAGGCUGCAGCUGCUGUGUGUGUGUGUGUGUGUGUGUGUGUGUGUGUGUGUGUGUGUGUGUGUGUGUGUGUGUGUGUGUGUGUGUGUGUGUGAGCGCCGCUGCUGGCGAGCCGUGUUUGCGUGCUGCUGUGCUGGAGCGCAGAGCUAGUUAAGAGGAGAAAUAAGCUAAUGACCGCAGUGUGUGUCGCGUAGCCUUUUCAACCCUGCCGAGCGCUACAGAAAUCAAGUGGACACGACGCGACACACACAGAGAGAGAGAGAGGGUGGACUGACUGACUGACCACCAAAAAAUAGAAAGAGCCAAGGGAAAGGAAAGGGGGGGUCGUGUCCCCCCCCCCCCCCUCAAACAAAAGGGGAAGAAAUUUGAAAGGACUGUGGAAUUUUUCUUCUUCCUCCUUAACCCCCCCCUCCUCUACCCUGAAACCCCCACCCAUUUUUCUUCUCUGCCUUGGGUUUUCAGAGUGCGGAGUGUGUGUGUCGGUGAGCACGCGUUUGUGCUAUGGAGACUUGGAGAAGGCGUUCGGCGGAAACAUCGAGCGGCGGAUUCCAAGGACAAGCGGGAGAAGAGCAGCCGAGGGCAAGCGAGCGUGUACUGCUAUAGGAGCCUGACUGGAUUCCUACCCAUCUAAAACACAAGCUUCGGAUGGGCCUUCACAUCUUUUCCUUCUUCGGAUGAUGUUCGCUUGUGUGGAAUUAUAAAAAGGGGCCAUUUUGGCAAAGAAUCUUCACUUCAUUUGCUUCUAACAGAGCAGAAAGAAAAGUCUUUAUUUCUCUGCUCCUUGGAUAUAUACCUGAUUUAAACACUCUGUGAUUGACAAACAAUCUCGUAAGGACCUGUAAAAAAAAAAGCUUGAGGUAGGUGUCUAGCAUUUCCAACCCUAUUUCAAUCAUCUCCAUCUCCUAUUCUAUAAUUGUUUCUGUCUCUGAAACAUUUAAGAGCAGUUGCCCUCCCCCUCCAGUAGUGUCCAUGGAAAAGGGAGCCAGAGUCUUGCUUAAUCCGGGGUAGGGCCAGCCCUCUCCACCCGCCCCUUAUACCUCACCCCCCCCCUCCCACUUUCGACUACCAACCCAUUCAACCAACCGACCCCCCCCCCCCCCCCCAACCCUCUCCCCCCCGGACGAUGCUGAAUUAUGAGCGUGCCACAUCAUGAGUCUCCUGGGGCGGGUAGCUGUGCGUCGAGCCACCCUGCUCUGUGUUGUGUUCCUGAUGGCGCGAGCGUGGAGCAGCGCCUCUCUGGCUAUGGCGGGGGCGGCAGCGCCAGGCCCUCAGGGCUGCCCACCGCAGUGCUCGUGUAGUAGCCAGCUGAGCAAAGUGGUGUGCACUCGGCGCGGCCUCACUCGCGUGCCCCCGGGCAUCCCCGCCAACACGCGCCACCUCAACCUGAUGGAGAAUGCAAUUGGAGAGGUGCAGGCCGACACCUUCCGACACCUGCACCACCUUGAGGUUCUGCAGCUGGGCCGCAACGCCAUCCGGCAGAUCGAGGUGGGCGCCUUCAAUGGCCUCACCAGCCUAAACACGCUGGAGCUAUUUGACAACCGGCUAACUGGGGUGCCCAGUGGUGCCUUUGAGUACCUGUCCAAGCUCAGGGAAUUAUGGCUGAGGAAUAACCCCAUCGAGAGCAUCCCUUCGUAUGCCUUCAACAGAGUGCCCUCGCUCAUGCGUUUGGACCUGGGCGAGCUACGCAAGCUGGAUUUCAUCUCCGAUGGCGCCUUUGAGGGCCUGCACAACCUCAAGUACCUCAACCUGGGCAUGUGCAACAUCCGGGGGGAGAUGCCCAAUCUGAGCCCCCUGCUGGGCCUGGAGGAGCUGGAGAUCUCGGAGAACCUCUUCUCCGAAAUCAAGCCAGGCUCCUUCCGGGGCCUGCGCUCACUCAAGAAGCUGUGGGUGAUGAAUUCGCAGAUUGGGGUGAUCGAGCGCAACGCCUUUGACGACCUGAGCUCGCUGGUGGAGCUCAACCUAGCCCACAACAACCUGAGCGCCCUGCCGCACGACCUGUUCUCCCCCCUCAGGUACCUAGUGGAGCUGCACCUCCACCACAACCCCUGGAACUGUGGCUGUGAAGCCCUGUGGCUGGCGCGAUGGCUGCGAGAGUACAUCCCUACCAAUUCUACCUGCUGUGGCCGAUGCCACGCGCCGGCCCACAUGCGGGGCCGCCAGCUGGUGGAGUUGGACCGGGGGGAGACCGGCGUGCUGCAGUGCUCUGCCCCCUUCAUAGGCGACGCGCCAAGAGACUUGAAUAUUUCGGCAGAGCGUGUAGCGGAGCUCCGUUGCCGGACUGCGCCAAUGUCCUCGGUUCGGUGGCUGCUGCCCAAUGGGACUGUCCUGACGCAUGCCUCGGCCCACCAGCGGAUCGCCGUGCUCAACGAUGGCACACUCAACUUCUCCAACGUGCUGGCGGCUGACACAGGCACCUACACCUGCAUGGUGUCCAACGCGGCCGGCAACUCAAACGCCUCGGCCUACCUCAACGUGAGCGCGGCUGAACUCAACACGUCCAACCUCAGCUACUUCACCACGGUGACCGUGGAAGUGCCGGGACCCACCACAGAGAUGCCCAAGCCCACAACGAGCGCCCCUAACACUGGUAGGGGGGCAGGAGGAGAAGCAGGAGGAGACGCUGGCACCACCACCACCACCGCCUCACCCUCCCUCUUUCAGCCCGUCUUCAUCUCUACUCCCACCGUUCUGCUCCAGAACACCGAGGGCCAGCCAGGCGCCCAACCGUCCGCCGUUCCUGCCUCCAAGUCUGUCACGGUCAAGCCACCCGACACAGUCCCCAGCCUGGACGAGAUGAUGAAAACCACCAAGAUCAUCAUCGGCUGCUUCGUAGCCGUCACGCUGCUGGCCGCCGUCAUGCUCAUCGCCUUCUACAAGCUGAGGAAGCGCCACCAGCAGCGGAGCACGGUGGCAGCCGCCCGUACGGUAGAAAUCAUCCAGGUAGACGAGGAGGACCUGCCGCCGCCUGCUUCUGCUGCCAACGAGAUCCGAGACCACACGCUGCCCGAGAUAAGAGACCACAACAGCAUCCAAAAACUGGAUUAUAUCAGCCACAAAACAGACUAUGGCUUCCCCAAACCCAAAGCCGACUACAAGGGGGACUACACAAUCCACAUGCCCAAACCAGACUACAUUAUACACAAGCCCAAGGCUGAGUACACCACCUAUAAACCAACCGUGGACUACACUACCCACAAAUCUACAGUGGAAUAUAGCACCCACAAAUCUACACCAGAUUUUAGCCUUCAUAGACCAAAGGCUGACUAUAGCCCAUUCAGACCAGAAUAUAGCACUCACAAGCAGCCUAAAGCGGACUAUAGCCCCUUCAAACCUGACUACAGUACUCACCCGAGAACACCUAAAGCAGAUUAUAGCCCAUUCAAACCGGAUUAUAGCAGUAGUACUCACCCAAGAACACCUAAAGCAGAUUAUAGCCCAUUCAAACCGGAUUAUAGCAGUAGUACUCACCCAAGAACACCUAAAGCAGAUUAUAGCCCCUUCAAACCGGAUUAUGGCACUCAUCCAAAACCCAAACCGGACUGUAGCCCAUUCAAACCUGACUACAGCACUCACCCACGACCUAAACCAGACUACAGCCCUUACAAACCUGACUACAGCACUCAGUCCAAAUCCAAACCGGAGUACAGUACACACAAAUCCAAACCCGACAACAGUCAAUACAAACCCAAAUCAGAACACACCCCCAAGGGCGCGCCGGACUACAUCGUCUUCAAAUCAGGCUACAACAGCCCCCACAAACAGGAUUAUGGCAACCAGAAACCCAAAAUGGAUUCCAGUCCCCACAAAGCAGACCAUCACAAGGUGGACUACCGCACCCUCAAGCCCAAAUACAACACGUACAAGCCAGCAGGACAUGGGGCUAAAUGGACAGAGAACAACAUUGGGAACUCUCUCCCUCGAACCUUGCCCAGCGCCAUCACAAACCUCCCUGAGCCCUUUGUCAUAAAAACUCACACCAAGGAGAAGGUUCAGGAGACUCAGAUUUAAAGCCCCCCUCACAACCCCCCUCCCCAGCCACGUCCAAAUCCCCAUAGCCACCCCUCUCUUCUCACAACUACAUGCAAUAGAAUGCACAACGGGGGAAAAGACAGGAACUUUCUUUUUUGUACAGAGUGCAAAACUUAAAAAGACUGAACAUUUCUUGUUGUACAUGCUUAUAAAUACAUCUAUAUAUGAAACUAUUGAAAGUACCAUGGACUGGUGAUAGAGAAGCAUAUUAUAUUAAUUAAAAAUAAAUACAUUGAAACUAUUUUCUAACUUGUAACUUCUAUUUAAAAAGACGAGUUGUUUAACAUACUGUCUUGACUUUGAGAAAUGAGGGUAGACUUGUUAAAAUAAAAAUUAAAAGGCAUUGUGUGAAAAAACAAUGCUACAGAGAAUGCAGUGAAAAGAGAAAAAACAUUUAUACUGAGAGGACUUUCUUUAAGAAAACAAAAAGGUCCGUGUUUGAUCUUUACAGGUUUAUCUUGUAAAAGCACCAUGAAUUUGUAUUGUGCCAAAUGUUACAAAUGCAAUAAAAAUGAUUUUUGGAGAGAGAAAAA